UUCCUUCGGUGCUGCGCAAGUUGGCAAGUGUAAAACCUUCAUUACACGUCCUCAAUGACCAGUUCACUUGAAGUCACGCCAAACCAAACAAAACCGAUAUUAUUAUAUUCUCAUUCUUUUUGGUUUUUCCUCGAUCUUCUUCUCUUCAUCCAAACGAAAACGCUCUCUAUAUUUAUACAACGUGUCACAGUUAAAACUUAAAACACAAUUACAUCAAUUUUAGGGUUGUACAAAUUCAUUCAUACUGAAAAAGAGUUGCUUUUUGAUUAAUAACACGAAUGGAAGGGGCAAGUAACGGAGGUAUGUUGUACCACGAGGUACAAGAGUCGAAGCUGUGCGCUGUACAUUGCGUCAACACGGUGUUGCAGGGUCCGUUUUUCUCCGAAUUUGAUUUGGCGGCGCUGGCGUCGGAUCUCGACGGUAAGGAGCGCCAGAUGAUGCUUGAAGGCGGCGUCUCCGCUUCCUCCGGUGAUUUUCUAACCGAGGAGUCUCAUAACGUUUCUCUCGACGGAGAUUUCAGUAUUCAGGUUUUGCAAAAGGCAUUAGAGGUGUGGGAUCUGCAAGUCAUUCCCCUUAACUGCCCUGCUGCUGAGCCAGCCCAGAUUGAUCCGGAGCAAGAAAAUGCAUUUAUUUGCCAUUUGCAUGACCAUUGGUUCUGUAUCAGGAAAGUGAAUGGAGAGUGGUAUAAUUUUGACAGUCUUUAUGCGGCCCCAGAGCACCUCUCUAAGUUUUACCUCUCAGCCUAUUUGGAUUCUCUGAAAGGCUUUGGCUGGAGCAUUUUCCUGGUCAGGGGAAAUUUCCCAAAGGAGUGCCCCAUUUCAUCCUCCGAGACUUCUAAUGGUUACGGCCAAUGGCUCUUGCCUGAGGAUGCUGAGAGGAUUACUAAAUCUUGCAACUCAAGGGAGGGACCGAAGAGAAUCAAGCUGACUGAAGAGCAAUCUGAUCCAUUACUUGCUUUUGGGGAGGCUGAUGCGAUUCCAGAGAUUGAAGAUGAGGACUUGAAAGCUGCAAUAGCUGCUAGCCUCUUAGAUUCUUCCCCAGCAGUGGCUAGCGUCGAAACUAGUGCUCCAAAAAUUGAAAAUCAAGAUAGCAAAGAAAAACCUGCACAGGAGGAAUAAUAUUUUUAAAAUUUUUAGUUACUGGUUGAGUAUGAUGAUCCAUAUCGGGUUAGAUGUUGAUGCACUUUUCCAUAACACGAAUUGUUGUGUUUGUGCAGUAUAUACGUUCAUUAUACUUUGUCCAAGUCUAAUAACGUUGUCAAAAGUGUCAUCAAGAUAUGACAUUUUAGCUUUCAGUAUCUGGAUUUUUCGGAACGUUUUUCCUCGGGCAUACAUGCUCGGUCUCUGUAUUGGUUCUGCUUGUACGCGAUCUUUCUUGUUUUGCUACUGGGAGCGAAAUCCCAAUUCCCAGUAAUGCUACAGAGUUAGCAGGUCUUGGUUAACUUACAACAA